UUCUGUGUGUUACCAAUUUCGCUGGAAACAGGAAAGACCUAUUUAGCGAACGAGUGUAAUUCUCGAACUGCAAAUUUUUUGUAACGUAAAAUUGCAGUAAUGUAGAAAGAGGAUUGCGUAUUAGUUAUAAUAGGUUUUGUGGUCAGUCAGUCAGCUUAGUUUGUGCGUGCCACGUAUGUUUUGAUAAUUCUGUUUUUAAACUGAACGUCUGGGACUCGAAGAACAAGAUCAUGGCAUAUUCUUCGGACGAAUACAAAAAUUCUUCUAGGAAUGCCUCGGAAGAGCUAGAAGCGAUCGAAGGACCAGGCGCUGAUGUUGACAAGCGAUUUUUAGAAGUUUACAUUGUCAUUUCACUCGUCUGUCUAACUGCCAACAUACUCAUAAUUUUUGUUAUUCUAAAGUAUAAGCGGUUACGUCAAGAAAAAUGGAGCAUAAUUAUUCUCAACUGGGCCAUAAUCAACUGCCCGCUUACGAUAAUAUCUCCUACUACCUUUGGAACAGCUUUAUAUUUACUGCAUUUGGUAUCAUAUAAAAUAUUUUGCCUUGUCCAGCAAAUCGAACAUAUUCUUUUUUUAGCCGAUUUACUACUAAUCAUAAUUUUAACUAUAUAUUGGUAUUUGAAACUAUAUCACACCGAAAAGUAUGUAAAACUUUGUCAAAACAUUAAAGGUGUGCUGAUAUUUGUUUACGUUUUGUUAAUAUUUCUGGCAGGUUUCAAUGUCUAUACUUGUAUUAAUAGAUGGUUUUUACUGCCUGAAAUAAUUUUGUACUUAUCCGAGUUAGUUUUCAUUUUGUUUAUGGCUGUUAUUAAUAUCGUACAUGCCGUGAAAAUGCGAAGGCUCGUUGACUACAGCAAUCGAAAAAAUAUUCCAUUUUUACUAUCAAACACAUUGUUCUUAUCUUACUUGCUUGUAUUGUUGGUUCUUCUCACCGAGUCAUAUUUCAGCCAUCUUACGGUUCAGAUACUUAUAAAUGUAGCAUUGUGCAUCGCAACCUUGAAUCCAUUUUACUUUUUCAUGAUAUUGUAUCACAGCGACAGAAACUAUAAUACGUUUUUCAAGCACCUGUUAAGCUGUAGAUGUAAGGAGUAUAACGAUGAACUUGUAGAAGAACACGCUGUCAGUUAUAAUAAUGGGAUCGAGAAUAUAUGUUAA